CACUGGGAGGACGCGGGGAACACGAGUGCUACGUUAGUGCCUCUAGACAAACAUGGGAUUUUCAAUCAACACCUUUGCAGGCUUCUAUGUUAUCGUCUGUGGUUCCUGCACAAACAUCAACGUCAUUUCUACCGGAGACUCCAAGAUGUACAAUACACACGACUACGGCGUCGACGUCAAAAAACAGGUCAGCAAUUCUCUUCAGGGUCAAGGGGUGCAAUGAUGGUUUUAUACGACUAUAUGAUGGUCCCGACUUCAGCACAGCCAAGAACGCCUAUAUUUUGCUUGGUGGAUGGGGAAAUGAUAAGUGUUUGAUGGAGCCGUGCAGUAGUUGUUCAACCCGAUACUCGCAAAAAUACCGGUACUUGAAUUGUAACGAGAUGAGGCCAAUGUGGGUCAACUGGACUGGCAGAUUGCUUAGCGUCGGUGAAGGGGCUUACGUGGGAGAACAAACCUUCAUGUUUACUGAACAGCAAAGGGACUUUGAGGUCCAGUAUUUUGCAGUUGGGUCCGGUUGGAGUGCAGUAUUUGACUGGGAAUUUGAUGGCUACGCCGGGAAUUACUUUGAGCGGGUGGUGCCUUAUGGUUGGAGUACACGCCAAACGUUGUCUUCAGUGACGGCCUCCUCUGUGGUAAACUGCAUCAUAAGUUGUCACGGCAGGAUCAGCUGUAGGUCAGUCAGCUACCAGAACACGACCAACACCUGUCAGUUAUACUUUGAACGAUCACGAUCCGUUGAUAUCCACCCUGACAACACUUGGAAAACAUGGAUUGACAGAAAUGUGUGA